AUGCAGGUCGUCAUUCCCGACCUGGACGACAAGCAGCUCUUUGCGCCUCCACGCCGUAUCCAGUCUCCGACCGCCUCGGUCGCGUCCUCUAGCAACCAUGUAAGUGCGAGCCCGCCUACCUCGAGUCGCCAUUUGCAGAGCAUCACAACCAAUCUACCAGAGCCAUCCAUUUGGGCGGACCAGCCAUCGUCGUUCUACUCGCCUACUUCGUAUACUCAUAAUCCAUAUUCGCAGUCAUCCACUCAAUCACCCAUCUACGCCCAUGCUCCUUCAGGGCCCUUCCGUGGUGCUGCACUCGGCUGGCAUGGCAGGUCAGGGAGUGCCACAAGCGAUUCGUCUGCUGGAGGAUUCGGAGGCCUCGGAUUUCGUGCGCCUCCUUCAGAAGUAGAGCAACCCAGUUCUUCUUCCAAUCUGAAUCCGGCUACUCGUGGCGGUACAUCGGCCGCUGCUUCCUCUCCGUCUUCCUUCACCUUUCCCACCAAGCGUCCCUCACUGUCGUCGCUUCGUUCACAGAUGCGUGCCCAUCAGCUCGAGCCCGAACCUCUUCCGCAGCACCAUUGGCCUUCUACGCCCCGCGCCGAACUUCCUCAACUCGAAAUCCCUGCAUCUGCAUCGGAUGCUGGCGACCUCACAGCGGGCUACCGCUCUGGCCUCUCAACCCCUCGCCCACCACCCCCUACCAAUCUUCAAUUUCAGCAACACAAUCUUCCCUCGCCCGGCUUCCACUCGCCGCAAGAGCGAUCCGUCCCGCUGAACUCGGUACGAGGCCGCAGCGACAGCUACACCUCCUCACCUUCUCGCUACCCGGGCCACACUGCCUCCGCCUCUCGAUCCUCCCGCUUCCAUCACGCUCCCACCGCCUCUUUCCAUUCCGAUUCACACAACUCCACCGGAGGCAUGAGCAGUUCUGCAAGCAGCGCAGCCCACCCUUAUGCUGGCUCUGUCACCGAUCUGCCGCCUGUACCUCCGCUGCCCAACAAGGCGGACAGUAUCUAUGCCGAUAUGCCGGUCACUCCUGGCGGUCAUACCAACAAUGCUGCUUUCCAGCUCCCGCGCGCUAUGGCCAGCACCACUUCCUUUGAGAACUCCGACCUUACCGGUAGCCCACUCAAAAUUAGCACGCGCCAACUUCGCGAUGACUCCGCUCAGCCUCGACCCACACGUCCAUUUGAUGACAAUGAAGAUGCAUCCAGCGGAGAACAUGCUCAAUGGUCGAGCUCUAUCCGGCCGCAACCCAAACUACUGCAGUCUUCUAACAGACGCGAUCAAAGUCCUGCUACCGCGCGACCAACUGCCCUUGCCAUCAGUCUCGGCGCAGAAGGUCUCGGCCAGCUUCCUGCAGGUAUCGGUACCCCUGAUCCAAAGGCUCCGGUCGAGUACGCGCUUAACAUUCUCAUGAGUCGGUUCAUCACUCUCGCCGCAGCUAAGGUGAAAAGAGCACUGGAAUCUUCCCAAGACCACGACCCGCAGCUGCUCUGCGCCCUAACUCCAGAUGACGAUGCUCUCUUCGAUUCCGUUUGUGACUCUCUCGCCCACAUCUCUCGCAAAGGUGCUGCUUUGGUCGUCCACAGUCUCUUCCGCUGGAAGUCCAUCACCGUAGAGGCCGACAUCGACGCUGACCUCGUUCGUCGCCACCUUGCUUCAGCUGCUCCCGCCACAGUCGCCUCCAUGAGCGCGACCACACGCGAUAUUGCGCUUUACCUGGCUCGUCGAAAGGAGCUCUUUGCCUUUUUCCUCGCCACAAAAGCGCUUCAUGUCAUUACAAAGGUGCUGGCGCGUGAUUCUCUGGGCGAAGCACAAGCUGCCGAACUCGAAGAGCAGACCUUCGCCAUGCUCCUCGCUUGCAUCCGCGACAAGGACAAGGAUCGCUCUUUUCCGCGCCCCAUCAACCACAUUCGCGACGCAUGCUUUGAGAGUAUAUCGCAUCUUAUCGGUGAAAUCUCGCGCGUGCGCUUCGUCACCAUUAGCGAUCGCUUUGUCGAGAUCCUGGAGCAAUCCACAAAGGCGCCAUCCAGCAAGACGGUCGAAGAUCUGCUUGUUGCUGCCAUCCACACUCUCCGCCACUUGAAGAUCACCACGUACCCAAUGGAGCUUUUCGAGGAAGGCGCCGAAUUUGUCGACGUUCUUGCCCGCCACUAUGCCAAUUGCCACGGUUUCCGUGUCAAAACCAGUUUUACCAAAGCUUUUGCUCAUCUUAUGCUGCCCGUCGCCCAGACCGCAUCAGCCGAAGUCAACCACCCUACCUGGACAAAGGCCAUCGAUACUAUCUGGCCACGUAUGGUUGCCAUGGCCGCCAAGCCUCGUUACUGGACGUUUGCCUACCCGCUCCACGUAACGCUGCUGACGGUUUCGCCUGAAGAGAAGCUUGCUUCCAGCUGGUUCGCUUGCGUUGAAGCUGGUGUACCCAAGCUCAAGGAUCGUGUCAAUCGCACUGUUGUCCUCAACGCUGCCGUAAGAUUGCUCUGGGCCUAUGCCUUUCGGUGCCACGAGAGCCACACAAACACACAUAAGAAGCUCGAGGCCUUCUUCCGACUCUGGUUUCCAGCCAAUCGCCGUACGCUCAAUCCUCCCGACAGUUCACCCGACCCCUUCAUUAUGAUGGUUCACUAUGCGCUCUACCGCCAUUUCGACUUUGGACGGGAGCUUCUGCUCAACUUUCUGUGCCAUUCUUUGCUCGGCGGAAGCACACUCUCGCUGCAAUCGGACGUCCUUACUGGCCAGCGUAUGACCAUUGCGAUCCGAGCUAUACUAUUGACGCUCGACUCACAUGUCAAAGGCGAAUCGCCUCCCUUUCCGUCUAGCGCUGACUUUCACCAUUUCGAUUUCGACACCCUGCCUGACGGCUGCGGCGAUGAGCUUCCAGAAGCAUUCAAGUUCCCCAACGUGGAAAUCGGGGAGACACAGAAUCAGUUCAAUGACCUCAUCUGCAAAAUCGCUCUGCUCUGCGACCAUCAAAUCAGUGACAUGACCAUCUUCGAUGCCCGUACCCAUCUUUUUGCUCGUACCUCCCCAAAUGCCGCCGCUUCCACCGCCGAGCGGGCACUGCUCGAACGCGAAGGCUACACCUGGCGGUUUCACCGUGCUGCCAUGCUCAUGGCUGCUUAUCCACGCGAGAAUCAGCCGUCCAGCGAUCUUCUUCGCGCUUGCUUUGAAUCCUGGCCCAGGUGCCUCAGCGCCAACAUUUCCUUCUCAAGCGUGCUCGCAGUCCUCUUCCGUGCCCAUUUCAGCGCCGAUCCUGACCUCAGCAGAGCAUCGGCACGUGCUCUGCGACGCAUCACUAGUCAGCGACCGGGAGGCUCCUCAGCCGUCGUCUCGGGCUUCAUGCGUUGGGUAUUCCGUAUGGAUACGGCCUUUUGGGAGAUUCACCCCAAGCAGAUGCUCAUCAUGCCCAAGAUCGAAGAGGCUAUCCGGCUAUGGAUCGACUUUUUGCAAAUCUGGCUUGCACAGCUUCGCGUCCAGAACAGUCAAGCUGAUCAGGGCCAGUCUGGGCUGCAAAAAGGUUUCGAAAUGGAGCGCACCAGCGCUUGGGCACUUAUGGACGAAGUCGAGGCCUACGCGCUCUUUUUGCUAUGUUCGGCUUCUCGCUCUCUGCGCUCAUUAGCGGUCGAAGUGCUGCGGCUGAUUGCUGUCUUGGACGAUGCCUUUUUGUCGCCCAGUCGUCGCGCUGCAGUUGAGCAAGCGCGUGCUCAAGGCGAGGAAGAGGAGCCGACUCGUAUCGUGCACCUCCUUGACAUGCCUUGUCAAGACUUCCUCGAUGCCAACGACCCACAUCUUAGCUGGCAUCAGAUCAAUCAUCUGGCCCGCUACAAGUCACCAGACCGCUCCACCUCUCUAAGAAUGAUUGCAGAGAGCGAAAGGGAUGUUGAGCAGUCGUUGUGGUUUCGAGCACUUCCUCUCUUCUUGCGCAUGAGCUUGGAGCGCUUUCCAACGACAGUUGCCGUAUUUCGCUCCUACAUCACAGAUCGUGUUUUGGAAAUGGACCACGUUGCUGUCUAUGCAGCUGACAUUUCCAAUCGUGCGCCAGCUCACACCAUGUCGAGCGCCACGCUCAGCAAGUCACAGGCAGCAUCGGCAGCAACUGCAUCGCUCCACAGUUCCAGCUCGAUGGCCUCGUUGAGGGACGCUGCACCUGCUGGAACGGCCGGCCACGCUGAAACUCUGCUGAUGGCUCAGCACUGGCGUUUCUACGUCCUUGCCCUAUGCACUACAACUACCUCCACAGAGGGUUCACGUGGAGGCGUCGUUGGUAACCACAGACGAAAAUCAAGCGAACCUGAGACAGGUGAACGCAUGAUCUCGGCGCGCGACUUGUUUCAGAAGCUGGUGCCCUUCCUCGCAUCGGACAACGAGGUCUUUCAAGAAGCUGUUGUCUUCGCACUUGGCAACAUCAAUGAAAAUCACUACUUGGCACUCCUUGAGACGAUGCAAGCUUUGAGCGGGACCCUAAACGACGAUUUCAAGGUGCGGUCAGUCGCUCGUACUGGCCUCAAGCGAAAUAGACGGCUGGACAGACUGCGCACCGCUCUGGCACACGUGCUCCAGCUCACAGCUCCGCAUAUGGAAGCUCUCGACCAUCUCGACAAUGCAAAGGUGAUUGGUAUCAUCCACAACUGGGUCAAGGACACUUUCAACUUCCUCACAGAUCGCGAGAUUCGUCAAGACUGGGAAUUUCACAGCCUUCGGCGCUACUUUUGUGGGGUGACCCAACAUCUGUUUGACGGACUUGCCAGAAGGGGCUCGGCCGACUCGCACUUCCCCUUCGAAGUCCGUUUGCGCAUGUUCCGCGUAUUUCGCGAUUGGCACUCGUACAGCACGGUCAGCGAAGACGGACGCAACAAGCUGGCCAACCUUCUCAGCACGGCUGCCGACCAGCAGAGGGACGAUCGCGCCAAAGAGCGCGCGGUCAAGACGCUCAAUUACGAAACACAGGCUCUUUCGUAUCAAGCCGGAUGCGCCAUGGCGUCUCUCUGCCAGUGUGCCAUCUCGAUGGUCGGUGGACCAGUCCCUGCACCGAUGGCGGGAUCCUCGCUUGACCCCGGUUCGCUGCUCCACUGGCUCAGCAGUCUUUUCCAGACCAGCGACGAGAAGAACCACGACCUGGCACGCAAGGCCCUGCGAUCGCUGCUCGUCUACAAUGAUCAAAAUGCUAUUCUUGUUGACAGCACGGUGGACCGCUGUAUUGCUGAGCCUGAUCGAGCCUUGGGCAAGAAGAGUCUCUUUGUAACCACAGCCGAGGUUGUGAUCGAGAAGGAUGACCUGUCCAUGCCGCUUCACGCCAUCUUUUGCCUAGGUCUAGUCAAACUCGGUCAUCCUGACUCAAGUAUUCGUCGAAAAGGGCUUUCCGUUCUGGACGUUUGUAGCCGCCGCUUCGACGAGACUUGUACGCUGGAUGAGUUUGAAGUGGGUGUGUCCAGCCCAUUGCCAGCCAUCUAUCUGCGUGCCCAGCGAGAUGUCAAUGUGCAUCUCGCCAUGCACUUUGACGGCCUCAGAACGGCGAUGCUCAGCGAGUUCACACGUCGUCUGCCCUUGAUUGACGCCUCACGACGCCCUACCAUCUUGGGACUACUGCCCGAAUGGCUGCGUGGCCUGAUUCUACACACCGCAGACGCAAGUCUCGACAGCUAUCCUGCGGCGCCGCCUGAAGUGGUGCUGUACAGAGCCUACCUGAACCUCUGCAAUUUGUUCUGCCUCACGGUCCGGUACGGUGACGAGCACAAUUUCGAGAUCCAGGAGAUCUGGAGCAGCUUGGUGGCCGCCUCGGAAGAUCUGCAGAGUGCUGACGCAGUGGUGUGCUUCCUUAUCAACCAAGGCCUUCAUUUCCGAAGCGAACAGGUCGUCACCCAUUCGAAGCGUGUUGUAUCAUGCAUAUCUCACACACAGGCAGGUCCUCAUAUCUUCGAGCAACUCUGCGCCAUGAUCGAGCCAAGCCGCAUGAUUCAGGUACCUCGAAACGCUUCGGUUCCCUCACCGGAUCCGGACCAUCGUCAUCUCUUCCGCGCUGAUCUGACAAAGUUGUUGCCUGAGCCCGAGCCUACGCUUGCCUUUUCCGAGGGCCAGCUGGCUCUCUUCUAUGUGGGCGAGAUGACGUACGAGCGUCGGGAACAGCUCGAGACGAGCCUUCCUACUUUGUUGCACGCCAUCUUUAUGCACAUUGACAGCCGCUCGGCAUUUGUGCGAACCCAAAUGGUCGAGCUGUUCGAGCAAUUAAUGCGCUGUACCAUCUCGAUUGGUGCAAGUGCCACGGGCAAUGCUGGCCCUUUUAGAUCAUCGGUCCAGAUAUUUGAUCCGGAACGAACGACGGCUGCCAAAGCGCAAGUUGAACGGCUCUUUGCGAAACGAACAUUUGCAAGUUGGACAGCCGAGACGACAGACGAAGAACACGACACUCAGUUCAAGAUGCCUAAGAACUUGCUCAACACGUCGUAUGAUACGCUGUCUUUGAUCGAACCCUUCUUCCUUUCCUUCCGCCAGGAUUGGGGCUCUGUGGCACUGACAUGGGCCGCUUCUAACCCGAUUCGACACAUGGCAUGUAGAUCGUUCCAGGUCUUCCGCGCUCUGCAGCCCUCGGUGACGCCGAGCAUGAUGGUGACCAUCCUGGGCAGAUUGGCUGACACUGUCUCUGACCAUAAGUCUGAAGUGCAUCGCUUCACGUUAGAAGUGCUGUACGCACUUAACUUGGUCGUCAAGCACCGCCAGCCUUUCAAUCGCGAGUUUCUGGCGCAAACCUGGUGGGCCACAUUAGCAUGCUUGUCAACUGUCAAUGAAGCCGAAUUUGCCGAGUCGGUUUCCAUUCUGGAAAGCUUGGUCGACAGGCUGGACAUUGGUUCACCUGACGUGAUCGCCUACCUGGUGCAAAAUUGUCCGGAAGGUUGGGAGGGAGAUAUCGGCGUGCUGCGUAUUCUCGUUUCGCGUGGUCUUCGAUCGUCCGAGACGUCGGCGCCGACGUUCAGACUGAUGGCGAAGCUGGCCAAAUGCCGCGAUCCGGCGCUCAUUGACUUUGACGACAAGUGCCGUCUUGGCUACCUUUUUGUUGCCGCCCUGCCAUGGUUCUUACAGGUGACAGAAGAAAGCCUAACGGCAGCUGGUGGAUUCGUGACGAGCAAGAACGAUCCCCGCAACGCUUCAGCAGCUUUGCGAGUCUCCAAAAAGGCAAGUGCUGACGCGGCAGGCGCGACUAGAAUCGGCUCCUCAAGCAUCAUCACUCCGGCUCUUACGGCGGUUGAAUCGCAAAUGGUCUUGGAAAUGGCCGCAGACUUGGCCGCUACCGCAUCAAAACUCGAGAUGCGUGACCUUGAACGUGUUGCGACGUCCAUUUCUCGAUCGCGUUUCCGAACCAAGGACGAUCUUGUCCGACAAGCCACCAACUGUAUCCGAUCCCACUAUCUACCCGAGCACGGCCCCGAGCUGGCCGUCUUGCUGCUGGGUGUAGUGUUGAACCGGCACGAAUGGAUGCGAAUGCAGGCGAUGCAGGUGCUCAAGAUCUUCUUCCAGGCACUCGACACGCGCAACCAUGUGGCAUUCAGCAAUCUAGGCUCGGAGCUUCUGAUGCCCUUGUUGCGUCAGCUGUCCACGCCGCUGUCUGCACAAGCGCUCGAGGUGCUCGACGAACCGAUUGAGGUGCACGGUGGUCCCGCCGCUAAUCAGAUUUUGCGCAUGAGUCUGCAGUGGGGCAACAUGAAUUUCAACGGGCAGACGCGCGACUUUGUUCAUGACGCUUCCAUCUUUGGUCCGCCGCAAGAGAGCGGCUGGGCUGUUGCUGAUCCGCAGGACAUGGCGACACGUACGCGGAUCAACCUGCAGGCUUUGGUGAAAAUGUGUGAACACACGCUUGACAUUAUUCCCACAAGCAACAAUGUCAACUUUGUGGUCGACGAUGUCUAUGACGGUACUGCAGAGGCCGACGGUGCUGGAUUCGCAUUAGAUGAGGCUCCUGGCGUCGGUGGAACGAGAACUGAUGAGACUCCAGCGUCCAGCUUGGGCGAUAUAGUCAACCAACUGCAUGACUUGUCUUCGUUCUUUGGCGAUGAUCCAAUGUCCAAGAGUCGCCAGGCAUCGGUAAUGUGGCGCGACUCGCGUCUCGACCGAUCCGGCUCAAUGCGGCAGGCAUCUGGACUGGGCCGCGCUUCGUCGAUUCGGUCCAAUGGACUGAGUGCCGGUGGCACUAUUGGGCGCAAUGGAUCGCUUCGCGGCGGAAUGCAGUACAGCCGACAAGUGUCGCCGAAUCCUACUGUUGUCCCAGACUCGCUGCGAGGGCUCUACGCGGACGAGAGCGGUUUCGGCGGCGGCGGUGGUGGGUUGUACCGGACCGCAGUAAUUGGAGUGCGGAACAGUGACGAAUCAAGGUUUGGCGGCAUGUCGAGAAGCACAUCUGGAGCUGGAGACGUAUCAAAUUUUUCGAUGGGCCGUUCGGCUAGUACACUAUCGGGUCGGAGUGAAGAGGCAGGUGCGAAUCGAUCGCAUGCUCAGAUCGCUAAGAUCUUGGCGCGCUCAACGACGCGCGACAGCCGUACGUCUGUAUCCCGAACCAAUAGCGGUGGUGGCCGAACAGGAUCGAUGCUAGAAGAACGCGCUGAGGGUAAAUCCAGCAUGGAAUGCGAUCGAUCGAACAGCGUUGACCAGCUUUCCGAAACAAGCGGCUCGCAGCAGCAUCACGGCUCAUUCUACCGCAAGCCCUACACAUUCACGCAGCAGCAUGUGUAUCAACAUCAGAAGCAGAAAACUUCAUCGUCAUCAGCUUCCUCGCUGUCGGGCUCACAAUCGGCAGCGCAUCACCGCGGUCCCGCUGCCACCGCUGCUACUGUCUCCAAGCUGGGCGUUAGUGCCGAUGGUCGCUUGCAUUCAGUUGCCAAAUCUGCCGCUUCCAAUUUGAAGCACUCGGGGGGCGAGUAG